AUGAGUCGCUUCUACCUCCCAGAGUCGACUGCAACAACAGCGACAGCCUCUCCCCUCACCUCCCCACCAUCCCCAAAAUCGAACCCUCUAGAGCGACGACCCUACAACGACUACACGACCUACUCCGACUCGGAAGAUGAAGACAAAACACCCCUACCCUUCCCAGCAGCGCUCCCCCGCAGCGACUUCCUGACUCCAGACUUUACACCCGAAUCAUACCUCUCCACCCUCCACAACAGACACCAAACCCUCGAGGACUUGCGCUCAGAUCUGCGUCAACGCUCUCAACUUCUCAGCAAAGAACUGCUGGAUCUCGUGAAUGCGAAUUAUGAGGAAUUUCUGUCCUUGGGCCUGAAGUUGAAAGGUGGAGAGGAAAAGAUUGAAGAGGUGAGAGUGGGUGUACUAGGCUUUGGAAGGGAAGUAGGCGGUGUUCGCGAUAUCGUGGCUCAAAGGACAGAAGAAGUGGGAAGCUUGCUAGAGGAAAAGAAGAGGAUACGAAAAGACGUCAUGAUUGGUCGACGUCUGCUUGACAUUGAGCAAAGACUAGAGGACUUGGAAGCAAGAUUGAUGGUUGAGCCUGCAAACUCUCUAUCCGCGGACAACCCCUCUGCCAACGAUUUGGACUCUUCGGAAGACGAAGAGGAAGACGACGACGACGCAGAUGCAGCGACAAGCACGAUCCUCUCACGACUAAGGAAACACGCACAAGCAUACCUCCUGCUCAACAAUCAGACACAAAAGGUGCUGCAUCAUCCUUUUGUCAUAGCACAACAAUCCCGCAUCUUGCGAGUCCGGAAUACGUUAUUACUGGAUCUAAGAACGGCUGUCAAACAGGCACAAGGUGCUACUAGUGUGGGAGGAAAACAACUAUUGGACUUCUUGGUCAUAUACAGAGAGUUGGGCGAGACCGAGGAAGCUGCGGACGUGCUGAGAAGCACUUGA